UCAACUAUGAUGUUUGUGCGGAAAGCGCGCGCCACUGACCAGUCGCGAUGGGGUCGCUGAAGGUGUUCGGUCUCACUGUGGUUGUGCUUGUUGGACUCGGAAUUAUUGCAGGUGGUAUCACAUGGAUCGUCUUGUGGACGAGGGAUUCGUCGCCGCCACCACCGGAACUAAUUCCGAUAGAUUGGUGGCAGCAUUGCUCGCUCUACCAGAUCUACCCUCGCUCCUUUAAAGAUAGCGAUGACGAUGGCAUCGGCGAUUUGAAAGGUAUCACCGAAGAGUUGGAGCAUUUCGUUGACGCAGGAGUAGACGCGAUAUGGAUGUCGCCCAUCUUCGAAUCACCGAUGAUCGACUUCGGUUACGAUAUCAGCAACUUUUACGAAAUCCAUUAUGAGUAUGGAACCAUGGAAGACUUCGAAGUCCUUCUUAACCGAUCUCAUGAAUUAGGAAUUAAAUUGCUAUUGGAUUUCGUGCCAAAUCAUGCCAGCAAUGAGUCGGAAUACUUCAAGAAAUCCUUGGCAAGAGAACCUGGCUACGAAGACUUUUUCAUUUGGGCAGAUGGUCGGCCAGAUCCAAGCAAUACUACCGAUAGACUGCCACCAUCAAACUGGGUAAGCCAAUUUGGUGGUUCAGCGUGGGAAUGGAGGGCAGAACGUCAGCAGUAUUAUCUUCAUCAAUUCGCCGUUGAACAGGCAGACUUCAAUUUUAGAAACCCAGCCGUGAGAGAGGAGAUGAUAAACAUCAUGAAAUUCUGGCUCGAUAAAGGAGUUGACGGAUUCAGAGUUGACGCACUUCCAUACUUAAUAGAGGCAGAUCCGGCUGAUCACGAGGGAAGAUACCCAGACGACCCCCUGAGUGGGCUAUUACAAUUCGAAUCGCACCAACUUGGUUAUACAAUCCCCCUGUACACGAAAGAUCUCAUAGAAUUAUACGACGUUGUUUACGAAUGGCGCGACUAUGUAGAUCGAUACCUGGAGGAUCACCCUGGUGACACUCGAGUUCUCUUCUCGGAAGGUUACGCCAACGUUUCCAUGACGAUGUUGUACUAUGGCAACGAGGAGGGAGCGAUUGGAGCACACUUCCCGUUCAACUUUGAUUUUGUAACGGAUCUCUCAUCCAGAUCUACUGCUAGAGAUUUCGUGUACAUUAUUCUUCGAUGGCUGACUUACAAGCCACAUGGAGCAACGCCAAAUUGGGUGUUUGGUAAUCAUGACAACAAUCGGAUGCCCACACGGUUCCGAGAAAAUAUGGUAGAUGGACUCAACUCACUUAAUAUGCUGCUGCCUGGUGUAGCCGUCACCUAUCAGGGCGAAGAGAUUGGUAUGAAAGAUGGCUAUGUAAGCUGGGAAGAUACCGUUGAUGUGGAGGCCAUAAAUCGAGGAGAUGAAGACACCUACCUUCUUUAUUCUCGAGAUCCUGCGAGGACGCCUUACCAUUGGAACAACUUAAAAAAUGCAGGCUUUUCCACUGCUAACAGAACAUGGCUGCCUGUUGCUGAAGAUUACCCAGAAAUUAAUUUAGCUAAACAGAAGGAAGACGCACGUAGUCACUUUAAGGUUUACCAAGCUCUGACGGCCUUGCGUAAAGAGAAGGCUUUGUCUCACGGCGAAUACAACAUUAGAGCUCUAUCAGACCGUUCCUUGUACUUAGUGCGGUACCUCAGGACUUAUGACACGAUAGUGCUCCUAUUCAACGUUGCUGAUCGCUCUGACGUCAUCAACCUUAACAGGGUUAUGCAUCUCAAACUACCAGCAACAGUUUAUAUAUCUAGCAUACAUUCUACUAGGAAUACAGGGGACGUGAUUGAAAGCGAACAGCUCACCCUGGCACCAGGAGAAGCCAUCGUGCUGAAAGCCGAACCUGUUGCAUAAAACGAUAACGGAUGAUUCACCGGAGUCAAUUCUAACUGCAUUAUAAAUAUCGAGUCAAAAUAAAACAUCUGCUGAAACUGUAUUUAUAUCUUCCGGAUAUAGAUUUAUAUUUUUAAAGCCUUUGGAUGAAGAGUUGCAAUGUAACUUAUAAUGUAAAUAUUAGUUCUGUAAUUUAUUUAUAACAUAGUUAUAAGAUUAGUCAAGAUAAAACUGUUUAAAUAUA